AUGACCGACGACAGCAAGCAGAAGGACCAGGCAACGCGCGCCGCCGUCCUGACCUCCGUCGAGGAGCGCAGCCAGGACACCACCGGCACCGGCCGCGUCAGGGGCAAGGUGUGCAUUGUCACUGGCGUCGGCCCCGCUGCCGGUAUUGGCGCGCAGGCCGCCCGUCUCCUGGCCCGCGAGGGCGCGGCUGCGCUCUACCUCCUCGACGUGUCGAGGGACCUGCCCGCGUUCGCGAAGAGUCUCCAGAGCACCUUCCCCAACACCAAGAUCACCGCGAUCACAGGCGACGCGGCCGACGACGCCGUCGUCUCGUCCGCAGUCCAGCGCGCACUCGACGAGACGGGCCGUCUCGACGUCUACUUUGCCAACGCGGGAAUCUCGCACCUGAAGCCUAAGGCGGAGGAGGGCGGCCCGCCGCAGCUCAUCCUGGACGUGAUCUCGGGCACGCGGACGGCGCAGGACAUCUCGGCUGCCGAGUUCAGCGAGGUGAUGCGCAUCAAUGCGCUCUCCGUCUUCCUUGCGCUCAAGUACGCCGUGCCCGCCAUGCAGCGUACGUCCGAGGACAAGAAGAUUCCGCAGGGCAGUGUCAUCAGCACGGCGUCUGUGGCUGGCGUGAACGCCAAUGGUGGUCCCCUGCCUUACUCUGCCACCAAGGCCGCCGUCAUCAACAUGACCAAGAGCGCGGCGUAUGAAGUUGCAGGCAAGAACGUCCGCAUCAACUGUAUCUGUCCCGGACUCAUUCGGACGGAUAUGACAAAGACCAUCUUUGAGCUUGCGGCUAUGGCUGGCGUGGAUGAGAAUGUCGGCCAGCUCAACCCGCUCCAGCGCCACGGUCUUCCGGAAGAAAUUGGCCAGGCCGUGCUGUGGCUCGCGUCCGACGAGUCGUCGUACGUCAAUGGGCACGCGCUCGUCGUCGAUGGCGGCCUCACAGCCAGCAUGCCGUACAUCCCCGGCGCGUCUGACAAGAUCAAGGAGCUCGCCAAAUUCUAA